AUGGAGUCUCUGGUGGGAAUCUUGCCAUAUCGUCAGCGGCUUGCGGCCACAGUAGAGCCUGCGUCAGCUCACCACGCCAGCUCAAAGCAGAAUUUGCAAUGGAAGGUAGGCAUGGUACAUUCAGACUUCGUUGAAAACCUUGUCAAAGCUCUGGAGGACGGUGCCGCCAAUUUCGCCGGUAAGGUGACGUUGGACUCAUCCCUGCUGAACACAGAGCGGCACGGCUGGCUGCUCACCUCCAGUACGGGCGAUGGGCGUUUCGAGAGGUGGUAUGCCAUUGGUCCUGUGCAAUUGCCGGCCAUGUGGAAGCCCAAGAACAAGGACACUUUGGACCGACAUGACGGUGAUGGCGCAAGCCACUAA